UUCCGCUUGUUGCAGUGUGGAAAACUUUUGAGUUCUUCUUCUCUUCAUCGAUCUCUGUGUUUCAUCUUUCAAUGACGAUUAAACAGCAGCAGCAGCAGCAAUCGGAUCCGAAGGCGCACCUUAUUUUCUUGAAACUCCAAUUAAUGCACUUCAAAUUGAAAUCCCUCUUCUCCCAGCUCCUCCUCUUCGCCUCCGGCCUCGCCAUCGGCUUCUCCCUCUCCCUCUUCAAUUUCCCUCUCCUCCAGAUCUCCCCCGGCCUCGCCGCCACCUCUUCCUACUCCCCUCCGCCGCGUCCGCCUCCGCCGCCGCCGCCAUCUCUCCUCCGCUUACCCGACGACGACACGCCGCCCCCGCCCAUGCACGACAUGUCGGACGAGGAGCUUCUCUGGAGGGCCUCUCUCGCCCCCCGUGUUGUUCCAAACUUCGGCCCCUCCCCGCCGCCCCCCAAAAUCGCCUUCUUAUUUCUUACCAAAAACGGCGUCGCUUUGGCUCCCCUCUGGGAAUUGUUCUUCAAACCCGCCCACCAUUCCCUCUUCUCCAUUUACGUCCAUUCCAAUUCCAUUUCCAAUUCUACCCUCCCCUCCACCUCCUCCGUCUUCUUCCGCCGCACCAUCCCCAGCAAGGGAGUGAAAUGGGGGGAGCCGAGCAUGAUGGAGGCGGAGCGGCGGCUGCUAGCGAAUGCGCUGCUAGACUUCUCAAACCAGAGAUUCGUCCUCCUCUCCGAAUCCUGCAUCCCUCUCUUCAACUUCUCCACCGUCUACAACUACUUAAUGGGCUCCAAAACCACCUUCAUCGAGGCCUACGACUUACCCGGCCCAGUGGGCCGCGGCCGCUACAGGCCUCGCAUGCGGCCCACUAUCAACCUCCACCAGUGGCGCAAGGGCUCCCAGUGGUUCCAAAUCGACCGCCCCCUCGCCGCCGAGGUCGUCUCCGACCACAAAUUCUUCCCCGUCUUCCACAAAUUCUGCACGCCCCCCUGCUACAUGGACGAGCACUACCUCCCCACCCUCGUCGGGAUCAAAUUCUCCGCCACCAACUCCAACCGGACCCUCACCUGGGUCGACUGGUCCCGGGGCGGGCCCCACCCGACCCGCUUCAUCCGGAAUGACGUCAACGUUGAAUUGCUCGAGCGGCUCAGGACCGGUUCCCACUGCGACUACAAUGGAGUGAGCACCAAUGUCUGCCAUUUGUUUGCCAGGAAAUUCAUGCCCAAUUCUUUGAAUAGACUCCUAAUGUUUGCCCCUAAGCUCAUGCGGUUCGAUCAUUGAACCUUAUGCGCCCAUACUUUCUAUAUAGUUUAUAUCUUCAUUCCUUUCAAUUUUUGAGCCAA